CUGAGCCACCACAACCCCAGCCCCAAGCAGGCAGGUUUUGACCUGAACUUUUUUUGAAUUUUUUAAAUGCAGCUCCAACAUUGGGCAAGUCUCACUUCAAAAACAUGGCCCUUCGGGAUGGUAAGUUUGGGCUCUUGGAGUCCUUGUGAGUAGUGGUUUUCCAAGCAUCCUCCCCUUGGGCUCCCGCGGCAGCGCUGGCAAGGGCACCCAGGCCCGCACUCGCCAAGCAAUUGCCCUACCACUGCGCGGCGGCCCUGGCCGCGCCAGCUCUCGGUGAGCACCGCUCUCCCGAGAGCGCAGCCACGGUUAGUCUCGGUUUGGUCGCCCCGUUUUGCACUGCCUCUGUCCUGGCUAAGUGCUAAAGGCCACUUGCGAGAACUUGACAGCGCCUCGCUUCUUGUCCUGAGGGGAGCUGCACACUGUGGCCACCGGGGGGCGCGGCCCGUCGCAGCUCCCGAGAGCUAGCGUGGGACGGUCACACUAGGAAACGGCCCCUUCGGUGACACUGCCAUCUAGCAGGUGACACCGACUGUUCGCCAACUGUCCGUAGCGCCAGGCCCCGGGCCGCCUUUAGCCGUCAGCCUCCCCGGGGUCUUACCACGCCGGCGAGCGGAAGAAACUUGCCUCGGCUGGGGCGCCCCGGCCCGCAAGGGCUCUGGGAGGCGUCUCUGCGUGGCCCUCCGCGGCCGCCGUCUYCGGUCACGUGAACGCGGGCAGGUCACGUGGCGCCGGAGCGGGUCACGAGAACGCUCCCCGGCCGCGGCAGCUUGCUGCCGAGUCCCGGCUCCGCGGGCCAUGGCCAAUGUCUCCAAGAAGGUGUCGUGGUCCGGCCGCGACCGCGACGACGAGGAGGCGGCGCCGCUGCUGCGGAGGACAGCGCGGCCGGGCGAAGGGACGCCGCUGCUGAACGGCGCCGCGCGACAGUCGCCUCACUCCGUGUCUUUCCGAAUUGGACAGAUGAGCAACGUGGAGCUGGACGAUGAGCUCCUGGACCCGGAAAGGGACUCGUCCCACCCCUUCCCUAAGGAGAUCCCACACAAUGAAAAGCUCUUGUCCCUCACAUAUGAGAGCCUGGACUAUGACAACAGUGAGAAUCAGCUGUUCCUGGAGGAAGAGCGGAGGAUCAACCACACGGCCUUCCGGACAGUGGAGAUCAAGCGCUGGGUCAUCUGUGCUCUCAUUGGGAUCCUCACAGGCCUUGUGGCCUGCUUCAUUGACAUUGUGGUAGAGAACUUGGCUGGUCUCAAAUACAGGGUCAUCAAGGACAAUAUUGACAAGUUCACGGAGAAAGGCGGGCUGUCCUUCUCCCUGCUGCUGUGGGCCACCCUGAAUGCCGCCUUUGUGUUCCUGGGCUCCGUGAUCGUGGCCUUCGUAGAGCCAGUCGCUGCCGGCAGUGGCAUCCCCCAGAUCAAGUGUUUCCUCAAUGGGGUGAAGAUUCCCCACGUGGUGCGGCUCAAGACGUUGGUGAUCAAGGUGUCCGGCGUGAUUCUGUCUGUGGUGGGGGGCCUGGCCGUGGGAAAGGAAGGUCCGAUGAUCCAUUCUGGGUCUGUGAUUGCCGCGGGAAUUUCCCAGGGGAGGUCAACAUCACUGAAGCGAGAUUUCAAGAUCUUUGAGUACUUCCGCAGAGACACAGAGAAGCGAGACUUCGUCUCUGCAGGAGCAGCAGCUGGGGUGUCAGCUGCUUUUGGAGCCCCUGUGGGUGGAGUCCUGUUCAGCCUGGAGGAAGGUGCUUCCUUCUGGAACCAGUUCCUGACAUGGAGGAUCUUCUUUGCUUCCAUGGUUUCCACCUUCACUCUGAAUUUUGUUCUGAGCAUCUACCACGGAAACAUGUGGGACCUGUCCAGCCCAGGCCUCAUCAACUUCGGGAGAUUCGACUCGGAGAAGAUGGCAUACACCAUCCACGAGAUCCCCGUCUUCAUCGUCAUGGGCGUGGUGGGUGGCAUUCUUGGAGCCGUGUUCAAUGCCUUGAAUUAUUGGGUGACGAUGUUUCGAAUCAGGUACAUCCACCGGCCGUGUCUCCAGGUAAUUGAAGCCGUGCUCGUGGCUGCUGUCACUGCCACCGUUGCCUUCGUGUUGAUUUACUCGUCCCGGGACUGCCAGCCCCUGCAGAACUCCAUGUCCUAUCCACUGCAGCUCUUCUGUGCAGAUGGCGAGUACAACUCCAUGGCCGCAGCCUUCUUCAACACCCCCGAAAGGAGCGUGGUGAGCCUGUUCCAUGACCCGCCAGGCUCCUACAACCCCGUGACCCUGGGCCUGUUCACCCUGGUCUACUUCUUCCUGGCCUGCUGGACCUAUGGACUCACUGUGUCUGCAGGCGUCUUCAUCCCAUCCCUGCUCAUCGGGGCUGCCUGGGGCCGGCUCUUUGGCAUCUCCCUGUCUUACCUCACGGGGGCAGCGAUCUGGGCGGACCCUGGCAAGUACGCCCUCAUGGGCGCUGCGGCCCAGCUCGGAGGGAUUGUGAGGAUGACCCUGAGCCUGACGGUCAUCAUGAUGGAGGCCACCAGCAAUGUGACCUACGGCUUCCCCAUCAUGCUGGUGUUGAUGACUGCCAAGAUCGUGGGUGAUGUCUUCAUCGAGGGCCUAUAUGACAUGCACAUCCAGCUGCAGAGUGUGCCCUUCCUGCAUUGGGAAGCCCCAGUUACCUCACACUCACUCACCGCCAGGGAAGUGAUGAGCACUCCCGUGACCUGCUUGAGGAUGAGGGAGAAGGUCGGCACCAUUGUGGACGUUCUCAGCGACUCUGCGUCCAACCAUAACGGCUUCCCUGUGGUGGAGGGUGUGGACGGCACCCAGCCAGCUAGGCUCCAGGGCUUGAUCCUGCGCUCUCAGCUCAUCGUGCUCCUUAAGCACAAGGUGUUUGUGGAGAGAUCCAACAUGGGCCUGGUACAGCGGCGGCUGAAGCUGAAGGACUUCCGCGACGCCUACCCACGCUUCCCCCCGAUCCAGUCCAUCCACGUGUCCCAGGAUGAGCGGGAGUGCACCAUGGACCUCUCGGAGUUCAUGAACCCCUCGCCCUACACAGUGCCCCAGGAUGCAUCUCUCCCUCGGGUUUUUAAGCUGUUCCGAGCUCUGGGCCUGAGGCACCUGGUGGUCGUGGACAACCGCAAUCAGGUCGUCGGGCUGGUGACCAGGAAGGAUCUGGCCAGGUACCGCCUGGGAAAGGGAGGCCUGGAGGAGCUCUCACUGGCCCAGACCUGAGGCCCGGCGCCCCACCUUGGGCGGUGGCACUCCCAGCCCCUUGCACCUACUAGGGUCCCUGUCCUCUGGGGGUGUGGCACUGGGAGCAGGCUUCCCUAGACUGGGCCAGUCCCUUGCUGUGCAGGUCCACCCCCCACUUCCUGUCUCCAGGGUCACGUGUGCAGCAGCACCUUCCCUGGGACCGAGGGGAGGGGCUGGCGUGCACAUGAGGUAGAUGUGCUGCAUCCUGCCUAUAGUGGCUUCUGUGGUUCCUGUGGGAGACCAGCUCCGGCUGACCACUCAGGAGCUGGUCUACCACUCCCGGCCACAAGCUCAGUCUCAUUUGCUGAGAGCCCACAGCCCAGGGCCCCUGGGCCUGAGCAAGGCCCAGCCUGAGCCUCAGUGGCCAGGGCCUGGGAGCUAUGUGGCUCCAGGGCAGCUCCAACAGGGAACCCCAUGUGCACCCCUGGGUUUACACCCAACUUGGGCAACCCCAGGUCCAGAGGACGUGGCAGAUGGGCUCUGUCCCAGGGUCUUGGGAGCUGUGGAUCAUCUUAGUGCCUGACUCCCAGGUCCUGCCUGUCACCCUAAGUACUCCAGAGCUGGGGUCACCCCACAUGUGUACAGCAGCCAGAGGUCAGCCUUCCCAUAGCACCCAGGGGCCUUGGUACUGGCUGAUACAUCUUUUCUGACAGCAGCAGAUGCCACUAGAGGUAGCCUCCUGCUGGCCUCAGGACUCCCAGGCUGUCUUAGUGGCUCUGGGAUAGACCAUUGAGAAUUAGCCAAGAAGCUCCCACCUUCCCACCCACCAGCUGGGCAGCCACCUUCAGACAGAUGACUAGAUGUGGUGUCCCUGUGGCUGCAGGGCCCCUCCUGUGGGACACGGAAGGGGAUCUCUAUGUCCCUGGCAUAUGUCUUGAAGGCCACAUGAGUCCUCCUAUGUGGCCCCAGGCUGUGCUUCCUCCUCUGCUCUCCAUGGGUCCUGAGUGUGAGAAAUAAAGGACCCCUGCCCAGACAGCCAGUGCCAGCCUCCCUGUUCAGCCCACUGGCACUUGUGGGGCCAGGGGUUGGGCGCUGAGGUGGUGGUGACUGGUGUGUGGCACCAAGCCUUCCUGUGAGCACCAUGGCCUCCCACCCUGCAACCUGGGGAGCUGCAGACAGGUCAGGUCUGGCAGAUAGCCAUCCGCCCUCACUGGGGCCCUGCCCUCCUCCUCCAAGCAGCUCCCAGCCAUUUCUACCACCCCUGCUCUCUAGGCCAGGAAGCCCCACUCCUGGGCGAGCCAGGAUACUGGGGAGUCCCUCGCCCAGGACCCUUUACUCCACAGGAGGCCCUGGCAGGUGGGCCUGGGAAACAAGGCAAGAAGAGCUCUGGAGGGGCUGCAUCUGAGUUGGUCCUCAGGGCGUGAGAAACCGCCAGGCCCCAGAGGCGUACCAAAAACGCACGUGCAAUCUCUGUACACAUUGUUUUGUGUUGGUCACAUGUUGGAAUGACAUUUUGGAAAUAUUAGGUCAAAUAAAACAAAUUGUCAUAACUCCUGUCGUCCUGGCCUCCUUCAUGGCUGCUGGGAGAGCCAGAGGUGCCAGCAGCCCUAAGUGGUGGGCACCUCCUGCAGCUUGCCCCUGGGUCUCUGGCCUGGGCUGUGAUCAGGACUGGUUGGCUUGGUUUCCCUCCCUGCUGCCCCUGAAAUAAGCCCCUUUGCAAGAUGAAGCUGUCCAGUGCCCCUCAGAACCUUCCAGAAGCUGGCAGUUGGAGGCCAUCAGGAUAGGACAGGUGAGGGCUCAAGUCCACUGGCAGUUGGUCCAUGACCCACAGGGUUCUGGUGAGGAAAGAAAAGUUCCAGAAUAGCUCUGUUGCCCAGCUGCUCCUGCCUCCUGUGGGACCCUCUGGGAAGAAGGCAGGAUGUAAGGAUGGCUUUUCGAGUUGCAGCCCUCCCGCUUCCUGAGGCCUCCUAGCCUUCUAGCCCCACUUCCCUGCCACACCCUAAGUCCCCAUCAGCCCUGGCCUAGCAUCCGGCUCUGGGCAGCCACGGGGACACUAGGCCCAGCGUCAAAGCUGCAGGGGGGACAGCUGGUGAAGCCAUGUCAGGUGAGCCAGAUGCGGGGUGUGCAGUCUGCAGCGGGAGGAGCAAGGUACCGGGAGGACCACACAAGACAGCUCUGCUCUCCCCGUGGCUGCUGCCAGAGCUAGUCAGGGUGGUGCUGUCUUGUGUCUGCUACCCAGUACUGUGUGUUCUCUGGCAGGUUCUUGCAGCUCUCUGAGCCAAGCCCCUACCUGGUUUGGGUGGUGCCUAGCAACGGUAGACAGGCUGAGCUCGGGUGGCUGGUGGGUAUUGCCAGCAACGUUGGGGUGCCUGUGGGCUCCAGCAGGAGCUGGUGUCUGGGGGUGCAC